GGACCCCGGGCUGGGCGCCGCUGCCGGUUCGUCUACUCUGCCUCAGCCACCUUUUCAACCUUGUCCAUCGGUUACUGCGGCCUGUGGUGCAGCGGCGGCGGCUGCUGUUCUUGCCGCAGCUCUCUUCCUUUCCUUCCCUUCCCACCAGACCUGCGAUUCGCCGGCCAUGGCUCUACUCACUGCGGCCGCCCGGCUCUUGGGAGCCAAGAAUUCAUCCUGUCUUGUUCUUGCUGCCCGGCAUGCCAGUGCUUCUUCCACGAACUUGAAAGACAUAUUGGCUAACUUGAUACCUAAGGAGCAGGCCAGAAUUAAAGCCUUCAGACAGCAACAUGGCAAGACUGUGGUGGGCCAAAUCACUGUGGACAUGAUGUAUGGUGGCAUGAGAGGCAUGAAGGGACUGGUAUAUGAAACGUCAGUUCUUGAUCCUGAUGAGGGUAUCCGCUUCCGAGGCCACAGUAUCCCUGAAUGCCAGAAACUGCUGCCCAAGGCUAAGGGUGGGGAAGAGCCCCUGCCUGAAGGCUUAUUUUGGCUGCUGGUAACUGGACAGAUCCCAACAGAAGAACAGGUAUCUUGGCUUUCAGCGGAGUGGGCAAAGAGAGCAGCUCUACCUUCUCAUGUGGUCACCAUGCUGGACAACUUUCCUAACAAUCUACACCCCAUGUCUCAGCUAAGUGCAGCUGUUACAGCCCUCAAUAGUGAAAGUACCUUUGCCCGGGCAUAUGCAGAGGGUGUCAACCGAACCAAGUACUGGGAGCUGACUUAUGAAGACUGUAUGGAUCUGAUUGCAAAGCUACCUUGUGUUGCAGCAAAAAUCUACCGGAAUCUUUAUCGUGAGGGCAGUAGUAUCGGGGCCAUUGAUUCUAAGCUGGACUGGUCCCACAAUUUCACCAACAUGUUAGGCUACACUGAUGCUCAGUUCACAGAACUUAUGCGCUUAUACCUCACCAUCCACAGCGACCAUGAGGGUGGCAAUGUAAGUGCCCAUACCAGCCACUUGGUGGGCAGUGCCCUUUCAGAUCCUUACCUGUCAUUUGCUGCAGCCAUGAAUGGGCUAGCAGGGCCUCUACAUGGACUGGCAAAUCAGGAAGUACUUGUCUGGCUAACACAACUACAAAAGGAAGUUGGCAAAGAUGUAUCAGAUGAGAAAUUACGAGAGUACAUUUGGAACACACUCAACUCAGGGCGGGUUGUCCCCGGCUAUGGCCAUGCAGUACUAAGGAAGACUGAUCCACGAUACUCCUGUCAGCGAGAGUUUGCUCUGAAACACCUGCCCAAUGACCCCAUGUUUAAGCUGGUCGCUCAACUGUAUAAGAUUGUGCCCAAUAUUCUCCUAGAGCAGGGCAAGGCCAAGAAUCCUUGGCCCAACGUAGAUGCUCACAGUGGGGUGCUGCUCCAGUACUAUGGCAUGACGGAGAUGAAUUUUUACACAGUCUUAUUUGGAGUGUCACGGGCACUGGGUGUGCUAGCACAGCUCAUCUGGAGCCGAGCCUUGAGCUUCCCUCUAGAAAGGCCUAAAUCCAUGAGCACGGAUGGGUUGAUGAAGUUCGUGGACUCUAAGUCAGGGUAAAACUUGGAAACUGGGGGGAAAUUGACUGCCACAAGCUUAACAACAACAAGAAAAAUAAUAUACUUUUGUUUCAAGGGGCCUUUAAAGACUUACAAUUAAACUGUAUCUGAGGCACUGAAAAUAUGUUUGAAGUUAAAAUAUAAAUUAAGACUUUAAAAGAUAAAAAAUGAUCCCUUCUUCCUAACCAUCUCCCUUGUCCUGCCUGGUAUGAGUUGUCCAUCAGCCAUAGGAUGACCAGGACUAAUGCAUGUCAUACGGGUUAGGUUUGGCCUCCACCAUCUCUAGAGCAAGAAUCCAACCCCUCUUUCUCUGGGUCAAAGCAGGUUACAGACAAUCUGUAGUUACUCUGGAGCUUUUGCUUCUACUCUGCCCAGCCCUGUAGGCCAGGAAAUCAGGACCUUGCCCUUCCUGUUUCCACAGAGUUCACUUGAGAUUAUCAGCUGUACCAAGCCCUUGCCCAUGCAGUAAGACCUAGAGUGUAGAGCAUGCCAAAGUAUGUCACAUAGCUGGACGUGCUUUGGCAAUUUCUUUUUACGCUACCAAGCGACCAUGAAGGUAUGACAUUUGUUGGGAUUGGCACCCAGUGUUUCAUUUGAUUUUCCUUUUUAAAAUUCACCCAUUAAAACUGAGGUCUGGAAGUGUUAUUUCCCACUACUUUAAUACCUACUUCCAGACUUGAUACACUUGUUCUGCCUCAAGCUGAGGAUGCUCUGGACCUUCCCCUCUUGGUCUGUACUUAAGACCUCUUUAGUAGGUCUGUCUGAUCUGUGGUCUUUCCCAAUCACUAGGAUUUAAUAUGGCACUUAAUGUGAACUAAGCUUUUACUUCUACAGAACUCAAGCCAACUACUGUCUGACCUCUCUCCUGUUAAUAAGCUAUGAAGGAUAGAACAGGAGCUCAGGAAUGACCAGCCUCUUCAUGGUCUGGUCCCAGGGGUAUGAACAUCUCUUUUUUUUUUUUAAACAUUUUCUUUUGAGCAAAAAGAUGAUUCAAGUUUAUAUGAUCACCUUUGAAUAUCAGGACCAUGGGCUAGGGACAUUCAAUGUAGUAAGCCUCUCUUCUGAUCCCCUGUCACAGAAAAUGCUUCUUUAUUUAUCAGUGUCUUUUUUUCCUGCCCCUUCCUCAAGAGCUCACAGUACAGUGUGUGAUUUAGAAGCUCCAUUUGCAUAAGUUUUUAGUUACUCAGAAUGCUCUACUGCCUUUUCUUUGAGAAAGGAUUGAGAUACACUCCUGCUGUGGCCCCUUCUUCCCUUGAUACUCCUGCCUGCGUUUGUGUGGACCCCUAAACUCCAGAACCACGCUGUUGAGAUGGACACACUGUAAACUCCUGAGUAACUGUCAAGUCAUUAUACAGGCUUCAGGUUGUUCUGUAUAAAAUUUAAAAAUAAAUGUUUUUAUUAACAAUG